CAGACAGUGGCGGAUGGAUUGAUUUUUACGUCAUUUUUCGAGGUCUUGUGACGGCGCAACAUUUGAACUUAUAUUAGCGAUAAAUCUGUAAAGUGAAGAUAAAAUCCAAAAAUCAUGGCUGUAUAAAUUCCACUGUAGUGUUCCAACAAAUUUUAUAAAUCAUUUUGUUAUAAUAAAAAUUGUUCUAGUGUGUAAAAGUAAUAUUUUUUCAGCCGUCCCAGUCCACAAUGAGCGAGAUAAAUCUAGACAAGCCUCGAUAUGACCAGAGCACGUACAUGGGCCGAGCGAAACACUUCCUGCUCCUCACUAAUCCUAUCAACGCCUUCGCCAGCAAUGCGGACCUGGAGGAGGCCAAACGGAUCGUUACUGAGUUCAGGAAAUCUCGCAAGAUGCCGCCGGGGUACGACGCGGACAAGCUGUGGGCCACAAAGUACCUGUACGACAGCGCGUUCCACCCCGACACCGGCGAGAAGAUGUUCGUACUGGGACGUAUGUCCGCGCAGGCGCCCAUGAACACCCUCAUCACUGGCUGCAUGAUAACGUUCUACAAGACGACAGCCGCCACGGUGUUCUGGCAAUGGGUGAAUCAGACGUUCAACGCAGUUGUCAACUACACCAACAGAUCUGGCGACGCGCCGAUGCCUACCUCACAACUAAUAGCGUCGUACUGCGCGGCGUGUGGAGGCGCCCUUACCACCGCACUGUACCUCAACAGCAAAGUUAAGAACCUGAGCCCAAUCUACGGGCGCCUGGUGCCGUUCGCGGCGGUGUGCGGUGCGAACUUCAUCAACAUUCCCAUGAUGAGGAGCGGGGAACUCCUAAACGGCACCCCAGUGUUCACGGCCGACGGUGUGCGAGUGGGGGAGUCCAAAGCCGCCGCCAGAUACGGUAUAGGACUCGUGUGCAUCUCCCGAGUCUUCAUGGCCUUGCCUGGAAUGACGGUAACGCCGAUAAUAACCAACAUAGCGAUCAACAAGGGAGUAUUCUGUAGACGGCCCAUGAUGGUGAUUCCGUUCCAACUCUUCCUCGUGGGGCUUUGCGUCACCUUCGCCACUCCACUUUGCUGUGCUCUGUUCGAGCAAAGGGCUUCCAUCGGCGUGGACAGCCUCGAGUCGGAACUAAAGACACACGUAAAGAAGAAUUAUCCAAAAAUAAAAGAAGUUUACUUCAACAAGGGACUUUAAAAGGGUCCAAAGAAAAAUGAACACGACAGCGGCAGCUAGAAACCAAUGAAACCUCCGAGACUUCAAUUAUUCUAGAAGUCUCCAGAUGUUGUCAAUUGUUGAUUCCCAUUUUAGAUGCAUUUUUAGCUAUUUAUAUUGUUUUUAUUAGUCUGUGAUUUGGUGGACGAUCUGUUAUCAAGUUUUUACACUGGUGUAAAUUAACA